AUGGAGGAGCUGCGCGUGUCGAUGGAGGCGCUGAACGCCCGGCUGCAAGCACAGGAGAACGUCGUGCAGCAGCUCCAGGGCGAGAGGCAGCAGCUCCAGCAGGAGCUCCAGCAGGCCAGGCAGGCGCCUCGCGUGGAGCCGGCGCCACCUCCGAGCGGGAUGGUAGACACCAGAGUGAUCGGCAAGCCGGGCGAGUUCGCGGGCGACGUGACGAAGUUCGCGGACUGGAGCUUCAAGAUGAAGUCCUACUUCGGUGCCGUGGACCACAGGUACCAGGGCAAGCUGAUGGAGGCAGAGCAGUCGCAGGUCACGAUACGGAACGCCACGAUGGAGCCGGACUGCCACAACGCGGGGGUGAACGAAGGGUUCGAAGCGUGGCGCCAGUUCGUGCUGGAGUGGGGGCCGAAGCUGAGGAGCCGGUUCGUCGGUCUUCGCAUGCAGGCGAUGGCUUACAAGUUCACGGGAGACAUUCCCAGCGCUCUCGCAGCCUUCGAGCGCCUCGUGCGGGACUACGAGAGCCAGUCCAACAAGAAGAUCGACGACGACGAUAAGAUCGGCGUGGUUCUGCUGGGCAUGGAGGACUCCAGGGUCAAGCAGCACUUGAUUCGGAACAGCGCCGGCCUCGACACGUGGCCCAAGAUGCGCGAGGAGAUCUUGGAGAUCACCCGGGCCCAACAGUACGUCGACUCGCAGCCGACGCCCAUGCUGCUCGGAGCCAUCCCUCGGGGAGGCAAGGACCCCAAAGGCGGGAGGCCGAAAGGGGGCAGGGAUCCCAAGGGCCCCGGCAAGAAAGGCAAGGACAAGGGAGGCAAGGCCGACGGCGGGAAGAACCAGAACGUCGAGAAGGAGUGCUUCUACUGCAGGAAGAAAGGCCACGUGAAGGCCGAGAGCAGGAAGAGACAGCGAGACCUCGCCGCAGCGGAGAACAGGCGGGGGCCUCCAGACACCGCCAGGACAGCCACUGUCGGCGCUGCUGCAGAGCCAGCACACGUCGACCUUCGUCCUCUAGGAGCUCUGCCCACCGCCGCAGCAAGCAGCGGCAGCGCAGCGGCCAUACUGGUCCGCGACACGGACAGACCCGUCCCAGUGCUGGCAGCGACACGGACGGACACGAAGUACCUCAUGAUCGACACGUGUGCUGGGGCGAGCGUGUUCCCACGAGGAUUGGGCCCAGCAGCCGAGGACGAUUCGCCAGUGGGCCCGGUGCGGCUCGCGACGGCGACGGACGACCCGGUCGUCGGCGACAAUGGGAAACAGCCCCGCUUCGGGCUGCAGGACGGCCGGCAGGUCACGGUGAGGUACAACGAGGCCGAGGUGAAGUUCCCGAUCGUGAGCGUCGGGGAGGCGGCAGGCCAGGGCACUUGGUUCCUCUUCGGCCCGGGUCAUCAGGUGAUGCUGCCCAGCGAGGCGUCUCCGGACCUCGAGCGGAUCUCUCAACUUCCCAACGCGGUGAACUUGGAGAAGCACCGCGGGGUUCAGCAGGCGCCGGUGCAGGCUCCAGCCCAGGAGCCAGAACAGGAGGCAAGGGCCUCCGGCAGCGGUCUGGGCGCGGGCAGCCCCGCCCCGGCGCAGCUGCGGGAGAGCGAGGAGAGCCGUGCAGUUUCGCACGAGAAGCUCCCUCCAGAGGUGUCGAAGUUCGAGUUCGACACCCACCAGAUCACGCACUUGCCGUUCCGCUCGUGGUGCCCCCAUUGCGUAGUGGGCAAGGCCAGCGACGACGCCCAUCACCCGCGCCCUGACGCAACCAAGGGCGAGGCUAGGUUUGCCAUGGAUUACUUCUUCCUGGUGAGGGCCGUCGACCCGCAGCGGUUAAAGUCCGUGCUCAACUGCCUGGACAUGCUCAGCGGCGCCGUCUUCGCAGCGAUGGUGGCUCUGAAGUACACGGGCCGGGCGCGCGUGGCGAUCCUCUGCGACCAGGGGAACGCCGUCAAGAAGCUUGCCGACGACGUCCGGGACAGCCGCGCCCACGAGACAUCGCUGCUGAACACCCCGAAGGGGUCCAGCGCCAGCGAUGGAGGCAUCGAGCGGGCGAACUACGAGGUCGAGAAGCAGCUCAGGACGCUCCGGUCGCGUUUCGAGCAGUGCUACAACCUGACGGUGGGUUUGGAGCACAAGAUCUUGCCGUUCAUGGUCAGGCACGCUGCCUGGCUCCUGACUCACUUCCAGGUGAAAGCAGACGGCGCGGAGGAUCCCGAGUAUCCCAACUUGGACGUGCCCUCGGGAUUUCGUGCCGCAGCCGAGUUGGACAACUCGGAGUGGACCCAGCAGAUCAUCGACUGGGGGCGGACGUACUACGGGGUCAAGAGCGGCAAGGCGCUGGACAAGCAGAAGGUGUACGAGGGGCGCGUCCGCGAGCUCGAGAACAUGGAGAGGCUCGGCGUCGUCGGGCCGAUCUCUAUCGCGGAUGCUCGUUCGCUCGGCCUGGAGAUCGUCUAUUCCAAGUGGCUGGAGGACGAGAAGCCGACCGCCGAGGACGAGAAGGCGGUGAGGUGCAGGCUCGUGGCGACGCAGGUGAACACUUACAACCGGGAGGACGUGGCCCAGGCCACGCCGCCGAUCAAGGCGUCCAGGAUGAUCGUGAGCAUGGCUGCCACGAAGACCAAUGCCAAGGGGCAGCGCGACUGGUUGAUCGGCCGCCACGACAUCCAAGUGGCAUUCUUCCACGCCGCUGGGUCGGGGAAGGUGGUGAUCAUUCCGCCUCGUGGUCUGGCGCCUCCUGGUGUGGGCUGGCGAGCUCUGAAGGCCAUGUGUGGGGCGCGCGAGGCCAGCAAGUGCUGGGGCAACGAGGUCACCGACACCAUGAAACUCGAGGGCGCCAGGCAGGUCGUAGUGGUACCCAUGAUGUUCGUCUACGACAGCUUUGGGUACGUCACGUGCUGCCACGGCGACGACUUCCUGACGGCAGGCGCGGCUUCCACCCUCGACGAGAUCGACCGGGUGCUGACGAAUAACUUCGAUGCGAAGAUCUUGCCUCGGCUCGGACCGCCGGCGCACGGCGGCGAGGUAGCUGAAGGGCAGCACCUAGGGGGGGCGAUCCGCUGGACACCUGAGGGUUUCGAAUGGGAGGCCAAUCCCAAGCAUAGGGGGGAUCUCCUGAGCCUGGCAGGGCUCAAUAAGGACCCGAAGGGUGCACCGACGCCGUCGUCUAAGUCGACCGCGGCCGGCAGGCGCGACAGGGACGACGACAUGGAGGGCAAGGCCGCGACGAGCUUCAAGCAGGGCGCCGGCGCCGCGCUGUACCUGUCCAUCGACCGCCCAACCAUCCAGUUCGCUACGUCGCAGGUGAUGGCCGGGAUGGGCAUGCCGAAGGUGUUGCACGGCUUGCAGCUGCAGCGCGUGACGCGCUACGUGCUCAAGCACCCGACGGAGGUGUGGCUUUUCAGGUGCCAGAAGGAGCCCGGCGGUCUGUGCGUCUACACGGUCUGGCAUUUGGCGAUAAAGGAGCUGUGGGUGCAGGAAGCGCUGAGGAACAAGGAGUUCGAGCUCGCCAUCGUGGACGCGCUCCUGAAUUGGGGCGACAUCGGCGCGAAG